AUGUCCAAAAGAGUUCGAGAAACAGGAAUUGGCAUUGACCUUGGCACAACAUACUCUUGUGUUGCUGCCUGGUUUGAUCAGCACAAUCGUGUCGAGAUCAUUCCUAAUCAACAAGGUAACAAGACUACACCGUCCUGCGUUGCUUGGGACGGCACAAACAUCCUAAUUGGUGAGCCUGCAAUGAAUCAAAUUAGCCGGAACUCUAAAAACACAGUUUUUGAUGUUAAACGUUUAAUGGGAAGUAGAUUCGACGAUAGUAGAGUGCAGGAGGAUAUUAAGUCAUGGCCUUUUGAAGUAAAUGAAGGGUGUGGUAAAAAACCAAUGGUUGUAUUUAGGCAUGAUUCGCAAGAAAAGAAAUUUUCACCCGAAGAAAUAUCUUCAAUGAUUCUAAAGAAUCUGAAAGAUGCUGCUAAAGCAUAUCUUGGAACAACAGUUACAAACGCGGUAAUAACUGUUCCAGCAUAUUUUAUUGACCAGCAACGACAGGCUACUAAGGAUGCUGGUAAGCUGGCUGGCCUUAAUGUCAUGCGUUUGGUUAGUGAGCCAACAUCAGCAGCCAUUGCGUAUGGUCUAGAUAAGAGUACCAACAUGAAUUUUCCCAAAGAGAAAACUUUCUUGAUCUUUGAUAUGGGUGGCGGCACAUUUGACGUGUCUCUUCUCAAUAUCAGCAAAAGUGGCGUCAUUAGUGUUAUAGCGGUUGGAGGUGACACACAUUUGGGUGGCGAGGAUUUUGACAAGGCGAUGGUGAAUUAUUGUGUGCAAGUAUUCAAUAAGAAAGAAAAGAAGGACGUGAGUAAGAAUGCCAGAGCGUUGAUGAGGUUGAAACUCGCGUGUGAGAAAGCAAAGAGGGAUCUUUCGUCAACAACUCAUACUACAAUUGAUAUUGAUUUCUUACACGAGGGAAUUGAUUUUUCAAUGACAUUCAGCAGGGCAAAAUUUGAGGAGCUAAAUGCUAAUUUCUUUAACAUAUGCAUUAAGCAUGUGGAGAAUUGUUUGAGUGAUGGAAAUGUGCACAAGAAAGAUGUUGAUGAUGUAGUUAUUGUUGGCGGGUCAACACGGAUUCCCAAGGUACAACAAAUGUUGACGGAAUUCUUUGAUGGGAAACCACUUUGCAGGAGCAUAAAUGCCGAUGAAGCUGUAGCUUAUGGCGCAGCAGUGUUGGCUGCAAACUUACUAUCAAAUGGGAACGAAAAGGUUCAGGAUUUAGUACUUUUAGAUGUGACUCCUCUAUCUCUUGGCAUCUGGGUUGAAGUAAAAGAUACACAUGAAGAUGACAUGAGUGUCGUAAUCCCUAGGAACACACCCAUACCCACUACCAGGGAGCGUAAUUAUAAUACAAGAUACGACAAUCAAGAAACGAUGGUGAUCAAAGUAUUUCAAGGAGAGAGCGGCAAAACAAAAGAGAACAUAUUCCUGAACUCCUUCAGGCUUUAUGGCAUUCCAGCAGCCCCCGCACGUGAGCAGAAGAUUAAUGUUUGUUUUAACAUAGACGCCAAUGGUAUUCUCAUAGUUUCUGCUGAAGUGAAAUCAAAUGGUAGUAAGAAUUGUAUAAAAAUUGAUAAGACUGGAACUUUGUCCAACAGAUGGUGA